AAAAAAUCUCCAAUCGGUAUCAGAUAGCUCAGAGCUCUCUCUUCUCUCUGAUUGUUGGGAUCGAUAAAAUUUUUGCCUUGAUAAGCUCAGAAAACUUUGUAAAUCAGACCCUCUUUGAAACCUACCCACAAUACAGCUUCUCCAAGGACCAUUUCCAUAUAUUAAUCAUUUCGUUUUUUCACUAAAUAGCUCUUCUUUUGAUUCUCUCUGUUUUUUUGGUUCUGUGAUCGACUUCUCUUUUUUAUUUAUUAUGUCUACGUCUACCAGAUGCAGAUUAAAAGAUUCAUCUCUGUAUUGAGUUGUAAGCCGGUAUAGAGCUGUUGUCAUAAGAUAUUGAAGCAAUGGAUGUUAAUGAGGUUGAAGAAAAUUUCUUUGCCCCUGGUGAUGCCAAGCUACAUGGAGAAAUGUGUAAUGCCCUUUCAGUGAUCUACUGCAAGAUUAUCUCUAUCUUCCCGUCGCUUGAAGCUGCUCGGCCGAGAAGCAAAUCUGGGAUUCAAGCUUUGUGUUCACUUCACGUGGUUUUAGAAAAAGUGAAGAACAUUCUACGCCAUUGCACUGAAUCUAGUAAACUUUAUUUGGCUAUAACAGGGGAUUCAGUAGUUUUGAAAUUUGAGAAGGCCAAGUCUUCUCUUACAGAUAGCCUUAGGCGUGUUGAAGAUAUAGUCCAACAGUCUAUUGGAUCUCAGCUUUUGGAGAUUUUAAUGGAAUUAGAGAACACCGAGUUUUCACUUGAUCCAUCAGAGAAGGAAAUUGGCGAUCAAAUCAUUGGAUUGCUGCAACAAGGAGGGAAUUUUGAGAGCUCAUCUGAUAAUAAUGAACUUGAGGUUUUCCAUCAAGCUGCUACUAGACUAGGCAUCACCUCUUCAAGAGCAGCUCUCACAGAGCGAAGAUGCCUCAAGAAACUCAUUGAGAGGGCUCGAAUGGAGGAUGACAAGAGGAAAGAAUCAAUAGUGGCUUAUCUAUUACAUCUCAUGAGGAAAUACUCAAAGCUAUUCAGAAGUGAGAUCUGGGACGACAAUGAUUCACAGGGUAGUAGUUCAUUGCCUUGUUCACCAACUAUUCAGGGUUCUCUUGAUGAUGCCCAUGGUCGUGCUUUUGACCGACAGCUGUCAAAACUGAGUUCCUUUAAUUUCAGAUCCUGCAAUAACCAGAGGAAAUCUGUGCAGAUGUCUGUUCCGCCAGAAGAACUGAGGUGUCCGAUAUCUUUGCAGCUUAUGUACGACCCUGUCAUCAUCGCGUCUGGACAAACGUAUGAGAGAAUCUGUAUCGAGAAAUGGCUUAGCGAUGGACACAACACAUGUCCCAAAACUCACCAGCAGCUCUCUCAUCUAUGCUUGACGCCUAACUAUUGUGUCAAAGCUCUAAUUUCUAGCUGGUGUGAACAGAAUGGCGUGCAGGUCCCUGAUGGACCCCCUGAGUCUCUAGACCUUAACUAUUGGAGGCUGGCGUUGUCUGUGUCCGAGUCCACCGACACUCGAUCAGCAAAAGGUGUUGGUUCUUGUAAGUUGAAGGAUAUGAAGGUGGUUCCUUUGGAAGAGAGUGGAACCAUUAAAGAGGAAGCUUGCGAAUCAGAAUACCAGGAAGAUCAAGUUACUCUUGUUGAAAGAUGUACGGAAUUGCUGACCACUUUGAGUGCAGUUGAUACUUUAAGGAAGAAAUGUAGAGUUGUUGAGCAAAUUAGAGUUUUGCUAAAAGAUGAUGAGGAGGCCAGGGUUCUCAUGGGGGAAAAUGGGUGUGUUGAAGCAUUGCUUCAGUUUCUGGGAUCAGCUCUCAACGAAAACAACGCUUCAGCCCAGAAAGUUGGGGCCAUGGCUCUUUUUAACUUGGCUGUGGACAACAACAGGAAUAAGGAGUUGAUGCUAGUAUCAGGAAUAAUUCCUCUGCUAGAGGAAAUGCUCUGUAAUCCACAUUCGCAUGGUCCAGUUGCCGCACUUUAUCUGAACCUCUCAUGUCUUGAAGAAGCAAAGCCCUUAAUAGGUUCAAGUCUGGCAGUUCCUUUCUUGGUGAAUCUUCUUUGGACUGAGACUGAAGUCCAAUGCAAAGUCGAUGCCCUUCACUCCCUUUUUCACCUUUCCACCUACCCUCCCAAUAUCCCUUGCCUUCUAUCAGCUGACAUUGUAAAUGCGCUACAAUCACUCACCGUCAGUGAUGAGCAACGAUGGACAGAGAAGUCCUUAGCUGUUCUAUUAAAUUUGGUUUUGAAUGAGGUAGGAAAAGACGAGAUGGUUUCAGUACCUGGGCUUGUAAGCAAUCUCUGCACUAUUCUUGACACGGGUGAACCAAAUGAGCAAGAACAAGCUGUUUCUUUGCUUCUGAUUUUAUGCAAUCACAGCGAGAUCUGUAGCCAGAUGGUUUUACAAGAAGGAGUGAUACCUUCUUUGGUAUCUAUUUCCGUAAACGGGACUCAAAGGGGAAGGGAAAGAGCACAGAAGCUACUAACACUAUUCAGGGAACUGAGGCAAAGGGAUCAAACCCAUCUCACAGAACCACAGCAUACAGAAGUCACAAGCCCCGAGGGUGGAUUCUCUGUCGCUGCAGCCGCUGUAACAGAGUCAAAACCGCAGUGUAAAUCAGCCUCGAGAAAGAAAAUGGGAAGAGCAUUCAGUUUUCUAUGGAAAAGCAAGAGCUUCUCAGUUUACCAGUGUUGAGUCAUGUUUUUAUUACCUUUAGUUGAUGUAAAGUUGUACUAUGUUUUCCCCAUCUCAAGACUUAAUAUCUCUUUUUGAAAGUCUUGGAGGUAAAAAAAAAAAGAUGCUUGUAUAGGUGUAUGUAGCUUAUAUCCAAGGAUUUUUGGGUCCCCGUUAUACAAAUUGCAAUGUAACUACUGUAUGUACUA